UGUAACUUUCCCCUGCUCGGCGUUGCUCUUAGUCCUUAUCAACAGCUGACCCACGAACAUGACGUCUUCGUCGCCAUGUACGGACACUCCGAGGACGAACGUCUCGCGAACCUGGGCACCAUCAGGUUCUGUGUGGACUACGUCUAUGUGUGCAGAGAUAUCGUCGAGGUCGUCCUCGCCAAGAUCAAGCACUAUGCCCGCCGCGAGGACAAUUUUGGCAAGGGUUUGGCUGAUAUGGUGCCCCUCUGGCGGAGACGACUAUUGCGCUGGUUGAGUUGCCACGAGGAUGUCGAAGGCGAGCUUGAUGGCUUCUAUGAGACGAUCGUCUCGGGCUGCCGGCAGAUACAGGCUCACAUCGGUGCUGGCGAUUUUCCGGAGCUGGCUGCCUCCCUAAUGGACGUCCGUGACUACGCCCAUGCCGCCAGACUCGGCAUCAGCUGUAAGAUCGAAGAACUAAGGUAUAGCAUCUGCGAUUGGAACUUGCCAGACAAGACACUCGAGAGUCGGUUAAGGGAACUACUGGAUAUUGAGCGAUCCUGCCUCGAUGGUGAAGGAGAUAUAUUUGAGAUCGAUGGCCCCGUUUCGCCCUUAUCAUUUCAUCUAGAUGACGAAGAUGAGUUUGAACUAGACUACGAUAUCACAUGCACCAUUACACCGCAUCCUUCUGGUACAGCAGUGUACACCAACUUUACUUCGCAUAUGUAGUACCUCUGGUCAUAAAGGUGUUUUUAACUCUUAUGAAAGAUUGUAGUUGGUUUAUUAUUACG